AUGUCUCUCCGUGUGGCGACUACUUUGGCGGCCCGUCGGGCGACCGCAGUCCUACAACGCCGCCACGCCCAGACGGUUCCGCGUCUCGGCUCCGAAGCCGAAAUGCAAGCCGAAGCGAUCCAGCAGAUUCGGGCGCGGGUGCAGUACCAGAAGGAACUCCUCAAGACGCAGGAACACCACACCAUCGAGGAGGAACUGGGAGAAAUGUGGCGAUGGGUCAACAUCACCUUUUGGGUUGCUAUUCCCAUCUGUGUUCUCUCCGCCGCUUACACUUUCUUUUUCGAGGAGCACGGUCAUCGCAUUGAAGAGAAUGUCCCGGAAUUCAUGGGCAUUCGUACCAAGGAGUUUCCCUGGGAAUGUGGUGAAUGCGACCUUUUCGAUUCCAAGUGCUGGAAAAAAUGCCGGGCUGAAAAGGAGUAA